CCCCCUCAUCCUCUCUCUCUCUCUCUCUCUCUCUCUUCGUGCCCUUUAAAUCUCGUUCCUCUGCUUCCGUCUUUUGCAAAGAUUUCUUGUUGGUCUCUCUGAUCACAUGCAUAGCAAAUGCUAGCUUUCCACCUCUCAAAUUCUGUUGAUCACUAGAAUUCUGAAUUUGGGUUUUGCUUUUUGUUGUAUUAUCUUCUGGGUAUUGCUCAUUCUUUCUCCAAAACCAAUUACUGUUUUGAUCGGCUAUGGCGGACGAGAGGAAACAGAGCCGGGAAACAGAGUCGGUUUCGGUUGAAAGUGGGAAAAAUAAGCUUCCCAACUUCCUCUUAUCUGUUAGACUCAAAUAUGUGAAGCUUGGGUACCACUACUUAAUCUCCAACGCCAUGUACCUCUUGCUCGUGCCGCUUCUCGGCAUAGCUUCGGUUCAUCUUUCAACAUUCACCUUAAACGAUUUCGUCCAGCUAUGGCGAACGCUAGAGUUCGAUCUCGUCUCGGUGGCUCUGUGCUUGAGCCUGAUAGUUUUCCUCGGCACCCUUUACUUCACGAGCCGGCCGAGAAAAGUUUACUUGGUGAACUUUGCGUGUUACAAGCCGGAGGAGGAGCGGAUGUGCACGAGGGAGAUUUUCAUGGAGAGAUCGGGUCUGACGGGGAGUUUCUCGGAGGAAAACUUGGCGUUUCAGAAGAAGAUUGUGGAGAGGUCGGGGUUGGGGCAGAAGACGUACUUGCCGGAGGCCGUGUUGCGAGUGCCGCCGAACCCGUGCAUGGCGGAGGCGAGGAAGGAGGCUGAGACUGUGAUGUUCGGCGCCAUUGAUGAGCUGUUGGGAAAGACCGGAGUGAAGGCAAAGGAUAUUGGGAUUCUUGUGGUGAACUGUAGCUUGUUCAAUCCAACCCCGUCACUCUCCGCCAUGAUUGUGAAUCACUACAAACUCAGAGGGAACAUUUUGAGCUACAAUCUUGGAGGUAUGGGUUGCAGUGCUGGCCUCAUUUCCAUAGACCUUGCUAAACAGCUGUUGCAGGUGCACCCAAACUCAUAUGCUCUAGUGGUGAGCAUGGAGAACAUCACUCUCAACUGGUACUUCGGCAACGACCGCUCAAUGCUCGUCUCAAACUGCCUCUUCCGCAUGGGCGGGGCGGCCAUCCUCCUAUCGAACCGAUCCUCUGAUCGCCGCCGCUCAAAGUAUCAGCUCAUCCACACCGUCCGCACCCACAAGGGGGCCGAUGAUAAGUGCUACAACUGCGUCUUACAAAGAGAGGACGACAACAAAAAAAUCGGCGUCGCCCUGUCAAAGGACCUAAUGGCAGUCGCCGGAGAAGCCCUGAAAACCAACAUCACCACGCUUGGGCCGCUGGUGCUUCCCAUGUCGGAGCAACUCCUAUUUUUCUCAACUUUGGUGGGAAGAAAAAUCCUUAAGAUGAAGAUAAAACCAUAUAUUCCAGAUUUUAAGCUGGCUUUCGAGCACUUCUGCAUUCACGCAGGUGGGAGAGCAGUGCUAGAUGAGCUGGAGAAGAAUCUUGAGCUCACUGAUUGGCAUAUGGAGCCCUCCAGAAUGACUCUUAAUAGGUUUGGAAAUACUUCCAGCAGCUCUUUGUGGUAUGAGUUGGCCUACACGGAGGCCAAGGGGAGGAUCAGGAGGGGUGAUCGGACAUGGCAGAUUGCUUUCGGUUCUGGAUUCAAGUGUAACAGUGCCGUUUGGCAAGCGCUAAAGACCAUCGACCCAGCUAAGGAGAAGAAUCCUUGGAUGGAUGAGAUUCAUGAGUUUCCCGUUCAUGUGCCAAAAGUGGCAUCCAUUAAUGUUUCUUGAAACUUUCAUGCUGCCACGUCAGUUUUUAUUUGUUUUUUUAUGUUUGACUGAAUUAUAUUUUUUUUUCAGCUGGUAAGACUGUCUUGAUCAAUCGUGUGUGAUAAAUUUAUACUCAAAAUCUGUUGCAUAA